AUGCCAUUGAUUGACCGCCAGAUCGGGAACGGGUUGUCCGCCUACAGCGUCCCGGCCGACUUGAGUAUAACGUCCCGAGCUCUCUUCCACAAAGUAUACUCCUUUUUCACCGGGCCAAUGUUCCCUCAUCAGCUUCGUGACGCUGUCCGGUCUGUUGGCUCGGCUAGGAUAUGGGUUGGGUUUCUGUUUCAAGACGAAGCUUUCUUCCACUGCGCCAUCGCCAUGGCUGCCGCAGCCUUUGAUCCGUCGUGGUUAACCCAGCAGGAAACGGCACAAGCUAUGGUCCACUUGUCACGCGGCAUGCGCAUCGUCAACGAAAGGCUUUCCGGAGACGAUGCGCUGUCCGAUCUGACACUCGGGGUUGUCUUGUCCAUGUCUCAGCACGAGAGCCUUCGGAACCGCCACCACCAAGGAUUGGUUCAUCUCAAUGGCCUGCUGAGGAUGAUCGAGCUGCGAGGCGGUAUAUCAGUCCUCGCAGCACACAAUCCUGCGAUAGCGCAGAAGGUCUUCCGAGCUGAUGUCCAACUGGCGCUACAGCUAGGCACGCCGACGCGAUAUAGCGUCAAUAUCGUGCCGGGAGCCUUCACCAUUGAUUGGCUUCGCAUGAGGUUUCAAAAGGACCGAAACAGUUCCCUUGGUCGCCCUGAUAUCAGCACCCAUGUCAGCGCGGCUCUUUCGGAGAUGCUGGAGGGAGUCAUGAGCCUUGCAUGGCUAGUAAACAAUAGCCCGACGCAUGGCAUCACGCUGGACGGCUAUGAUUUCCACGACGUCCUCGUACUCUUUGGCUAUCGCCUCGUUCACAUGAGGCCACUAGGCGAGCCGCAUACCUCCACCGACUGGGAGAACGUCCUGCACCUUGCCUUGGUAGCAUUCAUGUCGGAAUUCUUCUUCAGUCUCGGUCUGAGGCGUCCGGAGAUCCCUAUCCUAUCACGUGAGCUUCGUGCAGCUAUUCAAGUGCAUUGCUAUGACGAUAAACUCAGUGAGGAGAUACUCCUCUGGGUUCUGUUCAUCGGAAAAGCUUCGUUGUUCCGAAAUCCGGGGGACGACGUGUGGCUGGUCCCGAAGAUCGCAGCAACUGCUUCACAACUUAACCUGCACACCUGGCAAGAUGUGUCUCGGACACUCUACAGGAUGCCGUGGGUGCACGCAUUUCAGGAUGAGCCCUCUCAAGCGCUUUGGGAGCAGUCUCGUUCUUACAGCUCAGCACACAGCUCAGUAUUUUCUGAAAUUCAGAAUGAGAAUGGUUUCAUGAUGCUUUCAUGA